CUACAAGUCACAUGAUCGGCUCACAGGUUCAAUCGGAAUAGCCAAAGCUGUAAGUAAUCGAUGACGGUUUCUAAAAUCACAACCCUUUAGCCUUGGUAUAUCGUCUUCCAGAUAAUGGCGUCUCGCCUGAGUAACGAUGAACUGCCACAAAUGCACGAUAAGACCGCCAGCAGACAGAGAGAAAGUUCGUCUUCACAGAAAACCUCUCUUUCUGUCCUAUGUAUUUUGUUUGUGGAGCUUUGUGAACGUCUAACAUUUUACGGUUUAACAGCAAAUCUAGUGUUUUACUGUAGAGAUGUUCUCAAGCUUUCUUCACCGUUCCCGAGCACAAUUGCGUUAGCAUUUCAAGGAACAUGCUUCUUCACUCCUGUCAUUGGCGGUUGGCUGGCUGACACCGUAACUGGGAGAUACAACGCUAUAUAUGGAAGCUCCUUACUCUACAUAGUCGGCACCGUCCUUCUUACAGCCACCUCUUAUAACUACCCAAAGGCUUAUGCUUUGAGUAUUCCAAGUAAAGGUGCAUUCCUAACUGUCUCGCUUAUCUUAAUUGCCAUAGCAACUGGAGGAAUCAAGGCUAACGUGUCCCCGCUAGGAGCAGACCAAGUCAAACACGAAGGAAAAGAAAAGAUCCAGAAAUUUUUUGACUGGUUUUACUGGUUUAUACAGGUUGGAUCCCUGAUCGCUUUCACGGCCGUUGUGUAUGUCCAACAGGAAGUGUCUUUUUUCUACGGCUACUUAAUAACUGCCUUGUCCAUGAUUUUAGCAACCUUGUUGUUGUUGUUAGGAAGAAACCACUACAUAGUUCAUCCACCAAAAGGAAGCUACCUGACCGACUCCCUACGAAUUAUUGGCGUUGGUAUCAAAAACAAACUCCGCUGCAAGAGUUAUUUUACUCAAACUCACUGGCUCGAUGGAGCUAAGGAUGUUAUGGGAGGAGAAUUUUCAGAGGAAAUGGUGGAAGCUGUCAAAUCAGUGGUUCGUCUGCUUCCAAUAUUCUUCACAUUUAUCUUCUACUGGACAAUAUUCGGCCAGGGCCUUACCACGUACCUAUUGCAAGGCUCUUACAUGAAGUUGAAAAUCAACGAUAAGUUCUCAUUUCCCGCAGCUUCACUGGCCAUAUUUGAAAAUGCGUCUUUGUUAGUUUUGAUUCCAUUUAUUGAUCGAGUUGUCUACCCAGGCCUCCGUCGUUUUGGCUUCAACUUCACUCCUCUACGCAGAAUCGGCGUUGGAUUGAUUUUUGCUGCUGGUUCUGUGGCCUUGGCAGGAAUCAUCGAAAUUGAGCGAAAAAAAGAUUAUGGAAGGGUCCAGCAAAAUGUUUUCAAUACAACCAUAAAUGCAUCAACUAUGAGUGUGUUUUAUCAAGUGCCACAGUAUAUACUCCAAGGAGCAAGUGAAGCUUUGGUGUCUGUAACAGGUCUUGAAUUUGCCUAUUCCCAGUCUCCACCCGAGUUGCGUGGCGUGGUAAUGGGUGUGUGCUUGGCUAUGAUUGGUCUGGGUUACUUUGUAGCGAGCUUGCUGGCGUCGAUUGUCAAACACGUUUCACGUAGCGAGUGGUAUCCGGAUAACCUCAAUAAGGGCACACUCGAGUACUACAUGUUCCUAUUGUCUGGGCUUAUGUUAGUUAACUUGACUGUGUUCCUGUUCUUAGCAGUGAGGUAUCGCUAUGUGGUCUGUGAUCAAGACAACCCUGAAGAUGAUGAGCGCGUUGAGAGAAAAAAGAGCUCUUCAAGCUUUUCGAAUAUUUCCCAAAACGAUCUUGAUAACCGCUAAUGAACGAGAAAUAUCAUUAAUUUUAAGUCUUGGUUCAUUUAGU